CGCUUCCCGUGCGUUCUGCGUCCCAAGUCUCGUGCCAAACUUCAGGAUUCAGUUUCACCUGCGUCUGCGGCCCGUGUCCACCGUGUCUCUCCGUGUCUGUCUCUUCACUGCGUCUGUCCCACUGUCCUCGCUCUGAGACAUGUUUCCUGGAUCCAGCCGGUGCCGUGGACUCGUCUGACCGUGAAGGAGCCGGAGGGGAGCCGGAGGGGAGCCGGUAUAGAGGAGCGAGGGAAAGGAGCUGAUCCCGCGCGGACUGAGCCGGGAUGGAGGCGGUCAGUCAGUGGACACCGCAACAGGUGUCUGCGUGGAUGAGAGGUCUGGAUGACGGUCUCCAGUCUUACGUGUCGCCCUUCCAGCUUCAGGAGGUAUCGGGUGAGAGGCUGCUGAGGCUGACUCACACAGAGCUGCUCUCUCUGGGCAUGAGCCGCGUCGGCCACCAGGAACUUCUGCUGGAGGCCCUGGAUCUACUGUGUGCACUGGACCGUGGAGUGGAGCAGGGGCAGAUGCAGGCUCUGGCGACUCAAAUGAUUCGGGCUCAUCAGGACCUGAGCUCGGCCGUGUCGCGCCGCAGAAAGAACCCGUCCUACCAAAAUAAAAGCUCCAACCUCCCGCCCAACGACUUCCUGUCCGCCGUGGUGGAGCUGAUUGCUGCUGCCAAAGGACUGCUCGCCGCGUUGGACCGGGCUCCAGUGAACAGCUGCAUGGAUCUGAGCAGCACAAAGAGUCGCAUCAUUCAGCUAUGCCUGGAGCUCACCUCCACCGUGCAGAAGGACUGCACAGUUUUUGAGAUGGAGGAAAAGAUUCUGGAAGUGUCCAAGUCUCUGAAUGGGAUAUGUGAGCAGGCAACCCAGCUGACCCCUGACCCCUGCACUCUGGAGGAAGUCACCAUCACCGGCAUCAAGCCUGGACAAGGACUGGGCAUUUACAUCAAAUCAACAUAUGACGGUCUGCACGUGAUCACAGGCACCACAGAGAACUCUCCGGCUGAUCGCACUCACAGGAUUCACGCGGGGGACGAGUUGGUGCGAGUAGACGGUCAAACUGUGGUGGGCUGGCAGCUGAAGCGGUUGGUGGAGCGGUUGCGUUCGGACUCAGACUCGGUGGUUCUGACCCUGAAGAAGAGAGCGACAGGAAACGUGAGCAUGGCGCCACUCAGGAACAUGCGCUGGAGACCCCCGCUGGUCAAGACUCACCAGCCCAGUGCAUCCAGACCUGGACCAGAGCCAGGACCAGAACCGGGACCAGAGUCAGGCGGAGCAGCCAUCUUGGAUCUGUACAUCCCCCCUCCUCCUUCUGCCCCCUACAGCCCACUUGAAGGAGGCUCAUCUCCGCUCAAAUCUCUAGACGCUGACCCCUCCGCGACCUCAGACGACCUCCAACCUCUAAACGCAGUGAGGCUGCGGCAGCACCCCUCCGCACGAUGUAAAACACGUCCAGUGUCUAUGCCCGUGGAGCUGUCCUCCAGGAUCCACCCUCGCAAAGGUCUGCAGCGAUGUGUUAGUAAUGAACGCGUGUCGGCCAUUUUGGAGGAGGGCUUCUUCCCAGUGCAGUACCGCUCUCAGCCACCAGGGCGGGGUGUGGACCACAUCCGAGGGAGUCACUGUUUCAUCGGCCCUGAGCUCCACCACAGCGCCACCAUCCAUUACCCCCACCCUGAGACUGGAGCAGAGACUAGACCAGGAUCCAGACCGGGGUCCAAACCGGAGACUAAACCAGAGACCAGACCUGGCUCCAGGAGCAAAACCAGCUCUGUGAUCGGGGGAUGGCUGUCUCGUCUUAGACUCCUGAGUCACUGAAACAAAAUCUGGACUACGCCAUGAUUAAACCAGGAUUAAUCGAGAACUAAACCAGUUUUAGACCAGUUAAAGGCUCACCAUUUAAGUUUGACAGCAUCUAAAAGACUGAACGAGGACUAAACCAAAACUUUACCAGGACAAAAUCAGGAGUCCACAGCUUCCUCUUUUGUGGGAUGCGACUAAUGAACAGCUGAAUGGUGCCAGUGAAAAUACUCAGGAAUUAUGAGUGUGCAGAACUCAAAACAUCAGCUUUAAAUGAACUCAUGUCAGUUUCCUUUGAACAGGACGAGAGGAUGUGGGUGCAUUUCUCUUCUAGUUUCAAAGAUGCUUUAAACAGUUGAAAGGUCUCGUUCUCUACUGUUCAAACUAUGGCCUGUCUCUACAACUCAUCUGGAGUUUUGCUUUUCACUUUUUUUUUUUUUUUUACCCGGACCCCAAAACAUCUGCUCACGUUUGAGGCAAUUUACAGUGAGUCCUAUUGGUCCUUUUACGCUACUUUACAACCUACACAAAAACCGACAAAUGUUACUAAUCUUUGACACACAAAUGAGGCUAAUAAAGUUUGAAACAUUUCAGCACAUUCACUUUUUCUUGCAGUUAGCAAAAACUUUGGUGCAACUUACAGAAAUAUUUGAGCUCAUCUUGUGUAACGGUCCAUACUCUACAGCACUGACCAAAUGAUAGACCAUCCAAACAAGUCAUCCACAAAUCAGCCUCGUUUGUUUGGGAUUGGCUCCACACUCCUUAAAUCUUUGGGUUUGAAUAAUAGCACCACCUUGAGGCUGUUGUGAAAUUAAUCAUUUCACUUUAGCAAAUAAUCACUUUGCUUUUCAAAUGUUAACUGUUAAAAGUCCUUCUAUAGAUUGGUGUUGGACAAAGGACAAAAUCUGGCAACUUCAGACACAAAAAUGACCCAAACUAAAUCACAUCUGGAGAAAUACAAAUGUCUUUUCAUGUUGGCAACUAAGCUUUUGUCACUAGACUUAUAGAAGGAAGAGGAACCACAGCUUUUACUCAAGUACUGUUAAUAAAAAAUAUUGCUCAAAUAAGAGUAAAAAGUACACCACUAGAAGAGCAUUA